UUGCUACUAAUCCUGGUACCGGCAAUAUAAAUGGAGUUAUAAUGUUCACCAUAAUGCAGUUUCGUUUGAACAAAACUGAAGCGAGGAAGUGACAGUUGAAAUUUGUAUUUAUACAAAAUGUUUUCACAAAUUAAAAUGAUUGGUGUUUAUUUAAUGAUCAUCAAUGUCGUCUGUGGAAUCGACAGUGAAUAUGAAUCAAGAACCAAUGAAAAUGAAUUUACUAACACUGAAGAUGAAUUGAGCAACAGUGAAGAAGAAAUAGGCAGCGGUGACAAUACAACAGAUCUUUCUAAAUGCAGACGUGUAACACUCAACACCAGUUCGGCAAUAUUUUAUCCAAUUGAAGAGAUGAAAAAUGAAGGAGGAUUUUUCAUAAAAUUCAACGCAAAAGCUAAUCUAUCUGCUAACCUUCUAUUCUCUCAAGAAAAUAAUUUCACAAAAUGUACUAACGAUGACGAUGUGACUAAGAAUUGUAUUAUGGUAACUAUACGUUCAAGUUCAGAAAAAAAAUAUCUCGCUUCGACGUUAGGAAAUGGUACGCAUGAACGGUUACACUAUGAAAAAAACCUACUGUCAUCCAAAGAAUGGCGUCAAUUCUGGAUUCGAAUUACCUCAGAUGGAUCAUUAAUUGAAGUUGGAAAGAAGGGGAGCCCUCCGUUCAUGGCUUACAGAACGCAGCCUUGGACACUCAAUUACUAUGGGAUGUUUGCAUUCGAUGAUGAAGAGUCCAUUAGUUACGCUUUUUUAUGUUUUGAGAAUAAUAAGAUAGACCUUUCUCAGUACAGAACUUUAACAACCUACGAUCACGUUUACACAUUUUAUUCGAUCGAUGGCAUAAAAAAUGAUGAAGGAUUUUUUUUGGAAUUCAUGGUGAAAACUGAUCAAGACGCUCACAUCAUUUUUUCUCCAACAAAUGAAACUGUGAAGAAGGAUCAGAGAGUUUUCGAAGUAAUUUUAGGUGGAUAUACUACAAAUACGAUUUCAGUCAUUAAAACCACUGAACUCGCUGAACCCGCAAAAGAACAUCAUGAGAAAGAUAUAUUAUCGCCCGACGAAUGGCGUCCAUUUUGGAUUCGAAUUACACCAGAUGGAGCAUCAAUUCAAGUUGGAAAGAAGGGAAGUUCUGCUUUCAUGUCUUUGAAGACGGAGCCCAGGCCAAUCAAGUAUUAUGGAUUUGCUAGUAGUGACAGUUUCGCUAACUGGGCGUUUCCAGGCCUUGAGAAAAAUAACAUAGGAACAAAUGUGUGCAUUCCUUCACCAUGCGGUCCAAAUAGCGAAUGUAAACAGAAAAACAACCGCGUAAUAUGUUCUUGCAAGAAAAACCAGCUAGAUUCGCCUUCCACGUGUAGAUUUGAAUGCAUUUUCAACUCGGAAUGUCCACAAAACGAAGCCUGUAUCGGGAAAAGAUGCGAAAAUCCGUGUGAUGGAAUGUGUGACAAAAAUGCAACAUGUGAAGUAGACAGUCAUGUUCCCAUAUGCAGUUGCUUAGAUGGAUUUACAGGAGAUCCAUUGGCAGGAUGUGUUGAAGAAGAGGAUCUUCCUAAAUAUAGAAGCUUAACAACCCACUCAGGAGAAACAUUUUAUCCAACCAGCGUUAUAAAAAAUGAUGACCAAAUUUUCCUGAAGUUCAACGUAAAACCUGGAAGAAUCGCUACCAUCUCUUUAAUAAAUGACGUUGCGGCGCACGAUGACCGCUACUUCAGUGUGAUUUUCAGUUCAGAGAAAUCAGAAAUAAGCAUCGCAGCAGAAAGCAUCGACCUAAAUCUACCUAGAUCAUUCGUGACUUAUACCGAACACAAUUUGCUAUCAAAUAAAGAAUGGCGUCCAUUUUGGAUUCGAAUUACCUCAGAUGGAUCAUUAAUUGAAAUAGGAAAGAAUAUUGGGAAACUUGCAUUCGUGUCUGUAAAGAAAGAUCCUUGGCCAAUCAAGUACUUUGGAUUCAUGAGUACUGAUGUUUGUCACUGGAAUUUUGUGAGUUCCAAAGACACUAACCUAGAUCUUCUUCGGUACAGAACUCUUACAUCAUACUCCACUUAUUCCACACUUUACCCGAUUGCAGAUAUAAAUAAUGAUGAUGAAUUUUUUUUGGAAUUCAACGUCAAAGCAAUAAAAUUCGCUCAAAUCAUUUUUACAGAAAAAAAUGAUCCUAAAAUAACUGCUAUUUCAAAAAAUGAUACAAUGUAUCAGGAUCUAGAUAUUUUUCAUGUAGUCAUAGAUGGUACGCAUUUAGCAAUCCGAACAACUCCUGCCGGAGAAGAACAGGUUAGAUAUGAUGAGAAAAAUCUCAUAUCAUCUAAAGAAUGGCGCCAAUUUUGGAUUCGAAUUACAACAGAUGGAUCAUCAAUUGAAGUUGGAAAAAACGGGGGACGUACCUUGGCAUCUUUGAAAACGAAGCCUAGGAUAAUCAAAUACUUUGGUUUGGCUGGCGAUGAAGAUUAUGCUGGGUGGGCUUUUCCACCCCAGAAAGCUAAAUUUCUUGUAUUUCUAUAAUUACAAUUGGCUCUCGAACACAAAAACUCCACAACUUCAAACUGAAUAAUUUUGCUUCUAUUAAUGAGUCUGCUCCAAUAUUUCAAAAAUUUUCCGUGCACUCGUUACGCGCUUCAGUUGGAACUUCGUCAAGGAUAACAUUCUUCUGCAUCAUGUUACCGACAUUGAAUACACAUUACGCAACGUCUUCUAUUCAACUUUCAGUAAAUCCAUUGCAGGAAAAAUCUUUCAGCUGUUCAAAUCGACUUUCACGGUCCAUAAACUCUAACGGAAGUGAUUAAAAAAUUAAAUUUUACAACUACUCAUAUCCUAUGUCAUAUAAUAAAUGCACUUCUUAAUUUUAUCAAAUUAUUAAUCUAUAUAGGUACGUAUGAUGUUUAUUUAUAUUUGAUUUAAUUUCAAAUACCUAAUUUAUAUAAAAUAAUAAUAGGUAUUAAAAUUUUUAA